AUGCUAAUGUUGUUGGAUCAAAAUGGGUCUAUCACAUCAAAUUCAGAGAAGAUGGUUCCAUUGACCGCUUCAAGGUUGCAAUUUGUUUUGGGCAUUACAAUUGGCUCAUAUUUGUUUUUUGCAGGUAAGGUACAAGAUGUUACUAAAGUUCAGACACUUCUUUUCAGUGCUACUUUGCCAAGCUGGGUUAAGCAAAUUUCUUCAAAAUUUCUGAAAGCAGAUAAGCAAACUGCUGAUCUUGUUGGGAAUGAGAAAAUGAAGGCUAGUACCAAUGUUAGGCACAUUAUCCUUCCAUGUAAUAGUACUGCAAGGGCACAACUUAUCCCUGAUAUUAUUCGCUGUUAUAGCAGUGGAGGCCGGACAAUUAUAUUUACAGAGAAAAAAGAGUCUGCUUCUGAGCUUGCUGGAAUGUUGCCUGGUGCAAGAGCUCUCCAUGGUGACAUUCAGCAAUCACAACGUGAGGUGAGCUAUGAAUUGAUAUGAUAUUUAAUUCUGGUG